AUGUUUCUGUUGAAUCUCCAUGAGAGUGAUAAAGAUGAACCAAAUGCCUCUCAGAUGCAAAAGAAGCGAAGACGUAGAGAUCCAAGGCCGGGAGUGCUUAUUGCUAAACCAGUACAACCGCCAACUUCGAAUGCUGAGCUAGCCCAAGUUAUUCGUGAUGUUCAAACUCUAAUUGUUGAACCAGCACAGGAAACUUUUUCCUCAGAAAGUUCUUCUGCUCCACCACCUCCAGAGCACGAUGUUGCAUCUAUUAAGCUAGCCAAGCUUCUUGAUUUUCAAGACUCUAUUCCUCAGUCAAGAGGAAAGGGUAUAUAUAUUGGCUCAGAACAAAGAGGUGAUGAAGACUCUCAACAAACCAUCUCUGAACUCAGACAAGAGAUACUAAUUUUGAAGCAGGAAUCCAUUGAAAAGGAUUCGCUGAUUGGGAAAUUGGAUGUGAGAGUUUCGGAACUUGAAAAUGAGAAUUCCCAAAAGAAUAAACAGAUCUCAGAACUUCAAGCAAAUCUUGGCGGACUGACAGCCUUCUACUUUGAUCUCAAAGACAAACUAAUUGUAAAGUUUGGUGAUGAGUUCAAGAGUUCUAGUUCUGAUGAUGGAAAAGCUCCUGAGUCAUCUGAAAGGGUGGUGAUUAGUCUUGCUCCAGAUUCCAACAUAGAUCAAUAUUUGUCCUCUGGCCCUGUCACCGCUGAAGAGAGAAGGGAGAAAUAG